GUUUCACCCGUGGGGCUAUGAAAGACAGAUCCAGAAACUAUCAAGUGGCUGGGGGGGGGGGGUCACAGUAACCCCACAGGGGAGAAAAGCUCAUCGUGAGAAGAGACUGUCACUCAAUCGGCCGACACCCCCGCAUGCCCUAGGUUACAGACCCCUGUGGGCUGUGGAGGGGCCCAUGCCGGCCUUCGGGGGGGGGCCACACAGAGGACAUGGGGGGGGCAGCCUGCUCAAGUCUCCAGACUUCAGAUAUAUUUUUGUUUUCACAGAGACUAAAAUAAAAAAGAUCCUUCUCUUUGCUUUUAUUCCCCCCCCCCCUCGGGUCAAUGUGGGACAGUCGGCCUUCAAACUGGGUCACAGAACCGGAAACAGCAGCCGGAGAGUCUCCAACGAUGUCAUGAAGCGGACAUGGUUUUGUAGAACUCUGCAUGCUAGAUCAGCCUGAUCUCUAAACGUCGUUCAUGAGAUCCACACGGACGCCGCUCCAUGUAACGAUCAGGCUACAAACAUCUGGCAGUAGCUCCUCCCACACCUGCCAUGAACACAUCUGGACAGGCGGCGAGCAGAGAAUUCAGAUGAACGCAGCUCUAAUCUGACGGAAAUCUUCUAUGGCUGCAGAUCUUCAAGGACGUUCUCCUGGUAGAGACCAGAGUUUGUGGACGGGUCGGUGGUUCAGGACCGGGGCUGCAGAGGAGCCUCUGCCAUCACACUCCCACCUCUGUGUCUGACUCUAAAAGGGUUCCAGUCCUUUUGUGUUCUCUGAGUCCAGAUGUUCCCCUGUCCUCCUUCAGCUCUGCAUGGAUCCAAGUCCCAACUCUGACCUGAACCGAGUCCAGGGAGGUGGGGCUUCUUUCAUGGCCUGCUGGUCCUCUUCAGUCACCUGUUCAGAGUCCUCCAUGAUCUGUCCCAAAGCUGCAGGACGCUGGGUGUGGCCUCCAGGUUCUCAUCUGUUCUAGACUUUUAGGAUUCAUUCGAGACACAAACGAGCAGCACAGACAAAGAUUAAACAGGAGGGCAAAGACGUUUUCAAAAGAACACGUCGUGGCUUUGCAGGAAAUGCUCGUCUCUCCAUGUUCUCCAGGAACCGCUGACGGAACCUCGGAUAACCUCUGCGCAGUCCUGGCGCAUGCGCACAGCUUCCCCUGAAGCUCAGACUCUACAAAAGCCGUUUGAAGCCCAGAUGUUCCGCAAACUUGAAGCAGAAGCAGCAGACAUAAUGAUCCCCCCCCCCAGGACCGAGACCUGCUGCUGUGCGUUUCAGGUAAACAAGGCCGUUCUGCCGCGCACGCGCGCAGCGUGGGUCCGCGGUUUAAUAGCUGCCUGUCCUCGGCUGAACCGGAGGAAGUUCUUCAAAGAGAAAUUCACAACUUCAUUCAUUAGUCGCUGCGCGCCUGCGCGCGCCGCCCAGCCCCGCCCCCUGAGCCUGUCCUCAGCUCACCUCUGCCGCAGUCGGGUCUGCGCUCCGGAUUCUGGACUCACGUUUGGGUCGGGAUGUCGAAACCUUCGUCUUGUCCAGAUUCCUGCACGCAUGCGCGUCUGGGGAAGGUUCGUGCGCACGUGCACGCAUCCGCAUGUAGGAGAAGUAACGAGUGAACAAAGACACGGAGGUCAGCUGAUGAAGGCAGAUGUUGCGCAACAGCAGCGCAGACGCCUGCGGAGUUCAGACUCAUCACAACCAGACUUUGUUUUCUUCAUCGCAUCAUCCGUUUGUUUUCAUUAAAACUUUUCAAAAACACCCUAAAAGUUCGAGCGCGCGCGCGCGGCGUCCCGUCACAGACAGAAACCACCGUUCCUCUGAAGUCUCGCGCGUCUUGGCACGCCGCGCGCGCAGAGCACAAACAGUUAAACGGGGGACCCCGCGCGCCUAUUUAAAAGGCAGGUGCCCCCUCUCCCCCCACCCCCGCUCAUCUUAAAGCUUCUCCCGGCGCGUGAGCAGCAGCGUUCAUCUUUGCACCGGCCGGGCUCCGUUCCGCGCGAGCAUCACUGACUGACCCGCUGACACGCGCCCGCUGCCCUGCGGACCCCAGCGCGUGACUCCUUCCCCCCCCCCGCUGGACUGUUCAGGCGCGCGCACUCGCCUUGCUGAAGAUGCUGCUGUGGCUCUGUAUCCUCGCGCGCGCGUUCACAGAACUCCGCGCCGCAGGUUUGCCGCCCGUGACCCACGCGCACUCGGGCAUCUGCCCCAAUGACGUGAACCCCAACCUGUGGGUGGACGCCAUGAGCACGUGCACGCGGGAGUGUCAGUCCGACCAAGAGUGCGACUCCUCUGAGAAGUGCUGCCAGAACGUGUGCGGGGGCCGCAGCUGCGUGGUCGCGCGCUCCGCGGCGGGGGCCCCGUCCAUGACGCCCAAAGAGGCGAGCUGCGCGGGCUUCACGUGCACGCAGCAGGGAUCCGAGUGUGACGUCUGGGACGGUCAGCCCCACUGCAAAUGCCGCGAGCGCUGCGGGCGCGAGCCCAGCUUCACGUGCGCCUCCGACGGCAUGACGUAUUACAACCGCUGCUACAUGGACGCGGAAGCGUGCUCAAAGGGGGUCACGCUCACGGUGGUCUCCUGCCGCUUCCAUCUCACCUGGCCCAAAGCAGGUCACCCACUGCUCCGCAUGACCACUGUGGGCCCCACCACCACUCCCCCGCCACCCCCCACCGAGCCGCUGCCCCCCCUGGUGGUCAGAAGCCCCGCCCAUCAGAUGGUGAAUGCGGGGGACACGGCCAGCUUCCUGUGCGCGGCCACAGGCCCGCCCCAGCACGACGUCACCUGGGAGAAGCAGGCCCCCCCACGCGAGCAGGGCGUGGCCUUAAGGCGGAACCACAUGAUCGGAAACAUGGUGGUCACCAACGCGGGUCAGCUGGUGGUCUACAACGCCCAGCCCGCCGACUCGGGGGUGUACAGGUGCACGGUUCAAAACCCCUCCGGGUCAGUCCAGGCCUUCCACCUCCUCACCGUGCUGCCCGCUGAGGCCCCAAGCCCCCCGCAGUCCAAAAACCAGAGCCGCUGCCCCCCCGAGGCAUGUGUGAGCCCCCCCAUCCCGCAGGAGGACUGUGGGAGUGGGCUGGAGACGGUGAGCUGGUUCUACGAGCCGAACGCCAACGUGUGCCGAAGCUACACUUCCUGCAGCAGCCAGGAGCCGCCCCGGCUGUUCGAGUCCCUCCAGGACUGCAUGCGGUGCUGCGGUCCGGAGCCGUCGGGUCCCUGCGGACUCCCCAGCCUGCAGGGGCCCUGCAAGGCGUACGAGCCGCGGUGGGCGUACAGCAGCGCCCUGCGGGGGUGUCACACCUUCAUCUACGGCGGCUGCGGCGGAAACGACAACAACUUUGAGUCCAAACGGGCCUGUGAGGACAGCUGCCCCUACCAGAAGGCCCCCCCCUGCCAGAGUUGCCCGCCGCGCGCCAAGAUGGUGCCCAGCUUCUGCCGCAGCGACUUCGUCAUCACCGGCCGCCUGACGGAUGUCAGCCAAGAGAAGGACGCGGGCCACGCCCUCGUGACCAUCGACAAGAUCUUCAAGGACGAGAAGAUGGGUCUGCGCUUUUUUGGGAGGGGGCCCCUGGAGGUCACGUUCCUCAAUGUGGACUGGAGCUGCUCGUGCCCGAACAUCACGGGCGCCGCCGCCGAGGGCCUCCUCAUCAUCAUGGGCGAAGUCAGCGACGGCAUGGCGGUGCUUCAGCCCGACAGCUUCAUGGGCACCGCCAGCCCUCGCCGCCUCCGGAGGCUGCAGGACGUGGCGUCAAAGAACGCCUGCGAGCUCCUCCGGGCGAUCACCAGCAGCCCUCAGUAGAGAGACGGCAAGGAAGAAUGUUUCUGAGGGGGUCCACGGUUCGAAUCCCGUUUCUGAGGACAGUGGACGACCGUCAGGACCAAUUUCCUCUUUAUAAAUAUGUACAGAAUCUAAACUGGGAUUGCAGCUCCUGUUGGUGACGGGUUCGAGUCCCACUCCCAUCACCUUCUGAUCCAUUUUUACCCAGAAACCCGUAUCGUUUUCCAGGACAGUUUCUGCAGAGCGGCAGGAGUUAUUCAGAAAACACCUGAGUUGAGGGCAGGACUGUUGGCGCAGAGCAACCCCGCCCCCCUUUCCCUCCAUCCUCACUGAGAGCUCUCCCACUAGCUUACAGCCCCUCGCCAUCAGAGAACCAUC